GGCUCGAAGCCACAAGAUAAAGAGAGCCCAGCCCUCUGUUUACACGACUCGUAAAUAACCCCAAGAAUAAAUAUCAUUAAUAAAAUGCCUCCUCGAAGGGGUGACCAAAUGAAAGUUGAACAGUGAACUGCCCUCAUCAUGCAUCGGGAGUAAUUUAACAAAUAUUCGUUAAGAAUGAGACGUUUUAAGUGUGACGAUCAUUAAUGAAAACGUCGGAAGGGAAAUCGAAUGAAAUAUUCUCAUGAAUCGGGAAACCUGGUGCCAAACCAGUUGAAAUAAAAUAAAACUAAAAUAAUUGGAAAUUCAAGAAUUAACGAAAAUCAUUUUUACAACCGAUUGUUGCAACAGUCGAAUCGCUCUCGAGACUCCUUAAAUACCGUAAUUCAGUCGCUGAGAAUGGGAGGGAACUUUCGUACCCUCGAAAUGAACGAAAGUUAGGAAUAAACAUUGGGGAGGAGAAAAAAAUAAAAAGUUUUCGAAAAUAUCACGAAAGUCGGUAAAAACAUGAAAAUUUAUAAACUCAUGACACACGAAAGUGGCAAUUUUUGCUUUAAGAGCUAGGGAAAUUGGAUAAAUUUGAGGUAAACUCAAAGCUCCGAUACUCAAGUGCGUUCACCGACGAAUCUUACGUCACAGUGAUAAAAGAAAAUCGUGGAAAACUCGCCGAGUGAAAAGAGCCGAAAAUCGAGAGCUCGAGAAGUGGCGAAAUCCUUUAUCCUCAUGAGUUCGAUGCUUUUCCCUUAUUUUCCCAUCUCAGCGGACGAAUUAUUGAGAUUUUCAUCCACCAAAAGCUCGACUGAAAAUCCGCGCCGAGUCGGAGGUGGCGGGUUUCGUUGAAUUGCAAAUUCGACGAUUGUUCAUUGGCAUGAAAGUCGAGUGGUGAACCCUCCUCAGGAUCGAAGCUCGUCCGGGAUUGGCUGAAGGGAGCGAAACCGACUGGAAGAUUAGCCGGAAGUGAAAACGAAAAAAGGCGGCAGGAAAAAAGUCGAAGGACAGCGAGCGAGAUGUCGGAGCAGGAAACGGAAGCGAGACCCUUUUGAGGCUCCCACGAAUACAUUCAUGAGAGAUCCGGCAAGAUUCUCGUCGAUCUGGGAAAUCGGGGCUGAUGGCGACCUCAACUGCGACGAGGUAUCAUCGGAACGAAAAUUCCACGGGGACACCGACCAGCAGCGAAUCCAAAGCUCAUAAUUAUCAGCAACGUCAUCAAGAUGCACUCAAAGCUUCGAGCAGCACGUGCCCACCCAGCAACUUUCCUGAUAAGUUUCAAGACUUUUUUACCGCCCUGACCGAAGACACUGACGACCUGCCGAGCAUGCUGGAGGACAAAUUAAUUCCCAGAAAACACGAGUCGCCAAACAACGAUGUUAAGAAUAAGAGAUGGGCGAAAAAGACGUUCCAGAGACGCAGCAGCGAAAUUGAGGUCCGGCUGAAUCGAACCUCUUACGGAGGCCUGCAGCAAAAUCAAACCUCCCUGGAGGGACCAAAGUCCCCAAAUCCAUCGAGAAGGCGGAGCUCCAGCAUCGCCGUCGCUAGACCAACUCCCGAUUUACACAGAUUCCUACAGACCGAGGCCGGCCCUUGGGGACAUUUGUCACCAUCGCCAAGAAACGAGACGAGAAAUAGCGUUCUGAGUCCUGGUGGUGCUUCGUCCACGUCACAUCUCAGUCCUGGCGCUAGUCCCUGCGGUCCGAGUCCCACAAGCUCUGCUCCCUCGGCUUCUGCUUCUCGAAAUCAACAUUCAAAACAGUAUAGAGGAAGGACGAGCAGUAUGCCGGCAGUGCCGAGACACCGACCCAUGCUCGGUGAAACGAAACGGAGCAGUUUAUUGCCCGGUACCGGUGACGAUGGCGACGCUCUCGAGGACGGGGUUGAAUAUUACAGGCUACGAUCGUUCUCGAUAACAGCAAAUGGAGUUUUCAAUCUCGGUGAUUCCCUCAAAAGUCGUCGUAGUCGGAGUAUCAACAGCGUUACAUCCUCGGGCACCAGUUGCAGCAGCACGAGAGACGCCAGACUCUUAAGUGGAACACACGUGCUUGUCAGCAGUUCAGCAUCGCAGCAUUCUUGCAUCGGUGGUGAGGAGGAAGGAGCGGAAAGCAACGCUGGGAAAGUGGCCACUUACAAGGUUGGCAUGCUCGGCGCAUCGGGGGUUGGAAAAACCGCCUUAACCGCUCAAUUCACUACGAGCGAGUACAUCUGCGCUUACGACGCGUCGCUCGACGACGAAUAUGGUCAAAAGAACGUUUCGGUGAUGGUGGACGGUCAGGAAACCGAGCUGGAGAUCAUCGAUCAUCCGAGCUCAGAGAUGUCGGUCGAGAGCUUCUGCUCCACCUAUCAUCCGGACGUUUACGUGGUCGUGUACUCGGUCGUGGAUCGUCGCAGCUUGAAAAUGGCCGAGGAAACACUUCUCUAUCUCUGGAAGAGCGAUUAUAUGGCCACUCGUGGUGUCAUACUUGUCGCUAACAAAAUCGAUCUGGAAAGAAAACGCGAAGUUCCAACAAUAGUCGGACGGCAACUGGCCAACAGCUGCGGUUGCAAGUUCAUCGAAACGUCAUCGGGCCUGGCUCAUCACGUCGACGAGCUCCUGGUCGGUAUUUUGGCCCAAAUAAAGCUGAACCCACAAAGAGAUCGGGACCAAGCGACGAGGAGAAGGAGAAGAAAGCAUCGACGAAGAAUCCUCAAGCAUUUGCUCGGUUUUAAAAGAAAAACUAGAAGUUGUGAAAACCUCUUCGUACUUUGAAGGAAUUUUUCAUCACUUUUCGUCCAUUCAAUUUUUCCGACAUAUUCCUGGGUCACUAUGGCGAAACAAGCGUUUUUUAUUAUCGAGAAUAAAAAAUCAUGAAUCUGAAAAAAAAAAAAAAACAACAAUUUGAAAAAUUAACGAAUGUAAA